AUGGUUAAAUCUAAAAAAACAGAAGUCGAACUUUUAAAUGAUUCAGAAUUAGAUGCAGAAUCACAGAUUCCUUCAUCACAGAUUGCAUUUUCGGACUGGAUUGUUAAAUCAGAAAAACCGGAUGUCGAACUUUUAAAUGAUUCAGAAAUAGAAGUAUCUUCAGAAUUAGUGCAGAAACAAUAUGAAUCAGAGAUUUCUUCAUCACAAAUUGCAUCUUUGGACUGGAUUGUUAAAUCAGAAAAACCGGAAGUCGAACUUUUUGAAGAUUCAGAAAUAGAUGUAUCUUCAGAAUUGGCGAAGAAACAACAUGAAUCAGGGAUUUCUUCAUCACAAAUAACAUCUUUGGAUUGGGUUGUUAAAUCAGAAAAACCGGAAGUUGAACUUUUCAAUGAUUCCGAAGUAGAUAUAGCUUCACAAUUGGCGCACAAACAAUAUGAAUCAAGGAUUUCUUCAUCACAAAUUGCAUCUUUGGACUGGAUUGUUAAAUCAGAAAAUCCGGAAGUCGAAUUUUCAAACAAUUCAGAAAUAGAUGUUUCUUCAGAAUUGGCGCAGACUCAGUACGAAUCGGGGGUUUCUUCAUCACAAAUUGCAUCUUUGGACUGGAUUAUUAAAUCAGAAGAAUCUGAAGUCGAACUUUCAAAUGAUUCAAAAUUAGAUGGAUCUUCAGAAAAACGUAAACAACCGGCUGAUCGUGAAUGCCAAUGUUCGGAUGAGAUUAACUUGGUGCGAAAUGAGUUAUCACGAAUAACUUUCUUAUUAGAAAAUUAUAUUGGGUCAAAUACACAAAUAAUGAAUCAAAUGAACUAG